AUGGAUCAGGUCCAACGGUUUCCCUCUGUGUCUAAUGGAGACAUGUCCAAAGACAAAGAUCGCCAAAGGCGAUUCCAAGGAUGCACCUUUAUUGAGUAUCUCGGCUGUCGUCUUGGGACUCCUCAGCCAGCAGUAGCCACCGCCAUGGUCUUCUUCCAUCGCUUUUAUACCCGGCAUUCUUUCUCGAUAUACAAACCAGAGAUCUUAGCAGCAACAUGCAUGUUUUUGGCUUGUAAGGUGGAAGAUUCUUUUUGCAAGAUCAAUGACGUCGUAGGUGUAAGCAUGGCACAUUUAUACACGGGAAGCACCAACGAUGAAAAGGCCAAAAUGUUUUUCGGCUGGAGAGAUGCCAUUGUUCGAUAUGAGAUCAUUGUCCUCGAGACUUUAUGCUUUGAUUUGACGGUCAAUCAUCCCUAUGAACCAUUGCUAGAUAUUUUGGGCGAACUACAAGUAUCAGAGAGUGUGGUCCAAUCAGCGUGGGGAUUCACCAAUGAUAGUUUACGAUUGCCAGUAUGUUUGAUACAUGAACCAAAGCUGAUUGCAGCAGCAUGUGUGAUGCUCAGUUACCGACUACACCACCAGCAAUUUCCAGACAAUAAAAGAUUACAGCUAAUCCAGCUCAUUGACAAACACUUUGAUUCAUUGCAAGCCAUCAUACAAGAAAUCAUGCUAGGAUACUCGAUACCCAACCACUUUGAACAACGCAGCAGCACAACAUCGCGACAGCGAAGUUCAGAUGAUGGUCAUCGAAAAAGAACACCUGGUGGUUAUUCUCGAGAAAAGCAGCAGAUUUACAGGAUGAAGGAUCGCCCAUCAUCACGAGCAAUGGAACAUCGUCGAUCGAUUAAUAGACUUCAGUCCUCAGCGUUACCGAGUUGA